UUAAAAUUAUUACUUGAUCACACAGGGUUAAGUAGUUAAAUGUGAAUAAUCAAUUAAGAGCAGUUCAAUAAAGUAUAGGCCUAUAACUUAAUCUUUUUGGAUUUAAAACUAUGUCAAAUAUGUCUGUCUUGUGAUGGGUGCUGAACAAAGUAAAUGUCAAACAGGUGGAGGCUCAAAAGGAGGCACUAGACCGGCACAUUGCAAGGGGAAACAACAAACUAAACAUAGAAACAUGAAUUUUAAUGAAAGGAAGAGAGUACCUCUAGGUGCAGCUAACAUCAAUGUGUGCAUAAUAAAAGGAGACCUUACUAUUGAAAAGAGUGAUGUAAUAGUAUGCACAGCCAGCAAAAAUCUGGACCUGAGUCGAGGGAGGGCGUCCAAGGCACUGUUGGAGAAGGCUGGUUCCAUGAUGAAAGAUGACUGUGAGCAGCAGUACCCUGACGGUAUAGAAUAUGAUGAGAUAGCUGUGGUAAAUGCUGGAAAUCUACCUUGUAAAAAAGUAUACUUUGUUGCACUUCCUGUUUGGGGAACAGGACAUGAUGAGCAGAAGGGAUUGGAGACUUUAUUAAAGAAAUGUAUAAAGUGUGCUAGUGACAACAAUUGUGAGUCAAUAGCAUUCCCUGCCCUUGGGACCGGACUUUUAAAGUACCCAGCAGACAAAGUGGCUCAUUGGACAUUGCAGUAUGUUGAGGACUUCAGCAAUAGUACACCUAAUACAUCUCUAAAAUAUGUCAACAUUAUAGUCUUUUAUCAGGAUAAUGCCUCCUUUAAUGCUUUUGAGCAGGAGGCUAGGUCACGGUCCUCAAAAAGCAGUCAAGGCGGGGCUUCAGGCGGAGUUAAAGCUAAGAACGCCAUUGGAAUGAGAUCUAUUGUAUCUAGGCAAAUGUCUAAUGGUGGAGGGGACGGGAGGGAUUCAAUAGGAAAUAUCAAUGUCAGUAUUAAAGUAGGAGAACUAACCAGUUUCCAGGCUGAUGUUAUUAUAAACAACACACAGGAAGAUUUACAGCUAGAUAGUGGGGCACUAUCUAAUGCAAUACUUGAUGCUGCAGGCCCUGGUCUCCAGGAAGAAUGUGAUGAGUGCUACCCACAUGGUAUACAAGGCGGGGAAAUAGCUAGCACAGGAGGUUACAGUCUCAAAGCUAGCAGAGUCUAUCAUGGAACUUUACCUACCUGGAAUAAUAACAAAUCUGCUAGUGCUAAAAAGCCACUGUGUAGAUUUAUAUGCAACUGUCUAAAGCAAGCGGAGAGGGAUCAGUUUCAAACAUUGGCAUUCCCGACACUGGGGACAGGUUCCCCCUCGUACCCGGCCAGAAUCAGUGCUCAAACUAUGUUUGAAUGUAUCAAAAAACACCAGAACACAUGUUCUAAUACAUGCAUUUCUGAUAUUAUUAUCGUUGUGUAUAACAAGGGAGACAACUGGAAGAAAAUUAGGGCUGCUUAUGAACAAGAAUUGAGUAAAGCUUUGGAUCAUGAUUCAGAUGAUGAAGAGGAUGAGGAAUCUAACAAUAAAGCCAUGUACAGACUGCUAGAGAUGGCAGCGAAGAACUCCCUUGAACGUACUGUUGCCCCGCCUAAAGGAACGAAAGACUGGUUCAAACACCAAUACAAGACUAACCCAAGGUCACCAGGCUACUGGACAGAGUUCACUGACAAUAAAACAUUGAAAGAUUGGAGGUUAGAUUGUGAUGAUGUUAGACCUAAACGUAUACUAGUUGAUCAACAGACUUUUGACGCUGUAAAAAAAGUUGCCUUGGAAACAUGGCAGAAGCAACAUGUAGGUCAAGGUCGCGAUGCUAAGGGUCUUGAUAGUCUGAACUAUUCUAAUAUAAGAAUAACAAAGGUAGAAAGGAUAGAAAACUGUGAACUUUUUGAGAAGUAUGCCCUAAAAAGACAGGAUUUGUUCCACCAAGCUUCAAAACAAGGAGAAUUUACAAGAUUAGACAAAGUGAAGGGUUCAAGUGGGAAAAUAAUGACCACCAGUAGUAUACCAAAGGAUUCUGCUCUAAGUAGAGAUAUACAUCUAGAGAUCAAUGAACAUUAUAUGUUUCAUGGAACAUUGGAAUCUGUCGUAGAUACAAUUAUUAAACAAGGACUGGACUGUAGGCUGGGUGGAGCAUCAGCCAUGUUUGGACAAGGGGUAUACGCAGCUGAAAGUUCAACAAAGUCAGACCAAUAUGCAGAUCCGAAAACAAACAGAACAAGCGGUGAGAAGAAAAUGUUUCUAAUCAGGAUGUGCCUUGGCAAAAUGUAUGUUGUAAAUCAGCCCAAAGCUUUUGCACGUGCUCCCUGUAUGCAGUGCUACAUGGACAAGUGCUCGUGCACUGAUAACAGUUUCUUUGAUUCUGUGGUAGGGGAUGGAGGCUGGAACUUCCGGGAGUUUGUCGUUUAUGAUAGAACGCAGGUGUAUCCAGAGUAUCUCAUCAGCUAUGUUCGGGUUUAAUAUAAUUGCAACAGUUUAAAGUUUUCUGUUUAUUACAUGUAUUUUGACCUUUGUUUUACAGACAGAAAUUCAUUGUAUACUCGCAUAAAACAAAAAUAAAAAACUAGGUUUAAGGAAAAAUUGCGAAUUAGGGUAAAUCUUGAAGUAUAAAUUGUUUUAUUGUAUAUUUCAAUUAAGUGACUUUAUGCCAAUUCAAAUGUAAAUGGUGAGUGUCCAAGUAAAAGUCAAAAUAACAUUUACAUUACAUUUUGCCAUGAUUGUUUUCAAUUUUAUUUUCCGCUUUACAUGAGUAAAUAAUAAAACAUAUGAGUCAAUGGAAUUUCUAUAAAGAGACGUCGGAGUUCAAGAGUGGUGCAGUAUUUAUAGUUCAGGCAGUUUGUUUCGUUUUUGUUUUUUUUUUGCCAGAAUAUGUUUGAUCAUGAUCAACUCUUGGUCAAUCACCAUUUAGAAAUAUACAGCUAAUUAUCUCAUCCUGACAGCAAAAAAUAAGCAUAAUAUUAAUAUGAGCCGCGUCACGCCAAAACCAACAUAAUGGGUUUGCAACCAGCAUGGAUCCAGACCAGCCUGCGCAUCCGCGCAGUCUGAUCAGGAUCCAUGCUGUUCGUUAUCAGUUUCCCUACUUGUUAUAGAGUUUGUAAGCGAACAGCAUGGAUCCUGAUCAGACUGCGCUGAUUCAAGGACAGUAUUAAUUUGUGUACUUAAAUAAAUUAUUUUUUGGUUAUUUUACAGGUAAUAUAUAUGUGUAGAAGUAUCUUAUAGUUUAUAAGAGACAACCUGAUUGAGUUUCUAGUUGUGAAAAAUAUCAAUUACAUGUAUAUCUCAUUGAUGAAAUCUAUGCUUACACAAGAUGUCAAAUAGUUAUCAACAUAUGAAAUAUAAGAUAAUGGAUGCUAGUUAAAUCAAUAAAGACAAGUUGUUGUAUUAUACUUUGUCUAAGGACACACAAUUUAUUUGAUUUUUUGGAAGUCCAUUUGUAUUCCCAUAUUCUUAGGCUUGUAAAUGCUGGCAUAUAACUUGAUAAAUUCUUUUUCUAGCCUAGAUGUUAAUAUUUCAUUGGGUUUUUAAGUUUUAACUGUUUCACACCUUUCAUUGGGUUAUUCUGUACCUGUUUUAAUAUUAUAUUUACGCAUUUUAAAUUUUUAACUGUCCAACAUAUCAUUAUGCUAUCACUUGUUUACAGUUAAGUUUACUGUAAAAUUUAUAUAUGCAUUAUCACAUAGAAAUGAAAUGCUACAUGUAUGUCUGCAAGGAUAAUGUACAAUAUUGCCUCGAUUGAUUCUAAUGAAAUUCAAUUUUAUCAUACACUUUUAUCUUUGAAAUAAAGCCUUUUACACAUACAA